AUGCCUUCUCUGCCCAUCAAAGCGGUCAGACCUCAAACGACGCAACGAAGAUCGACGCUCAAGCGUUCAGUCGAUGAGACCGGCUUCAUGGACACCCCUUCAAGUCCCACCAAACGGUCCCGAGUUACCUUCGACUCCGAUGUAGAGAUUGUCUCGGCCGAUGACGACGAAGACCUGGAUCCUCUCGUUGUCAAGGAACAAGUGCGCAGAGCCAUCGAGCGACACCGUUUCAGAGAAGACGAAGCCUACGAGCGAAUCAAGGGUUAUUUUACCACGUCACACGAGAAGACGAAUGCUCCUUCCACCAAAGCCCUCCGGAUACACCUGCAGGCCCUCCUAGCCAAUAUAACUGCACUCACAAAAGACUGCAGCGGUAUGGUCAAUUCUAUUCUACACAGUGAAUGGAUUGGAAGAGACGAGGCAUAUUAUGCUCUGUUCGUACGGUUCCUCAACAACCUGGCCGCUGCACAGCGAGGGUAUCAGCACAAGAUUAUGGCAAUCUUGGUAGAAUUGCUUGGGCCCCAAAAGACCAGGCGGAUCGCGGGGUCAAAACCAGUCAGGCAACAGACUAUACAUCGAAGAGCCUUGCAAGCCAUUCAACACAUCACUGUCAACGUGCCCUCCUCACCCUCGGCACUCGCCGAUCGAGUCUCUUCCCGGCUAGAGUUUGACUUCCAAAAGUCGGAGGAGCGAAUGACUUACAUCAGAAAUUUCAUGGAAAUGAUCAAAUAUGUCCCUGAGCUCACCUCCGAAAUCUUGACCUGCGUACUGAGGGAACUCAUCAAGCUCGACGUGUCUGUCCAAGUUGACCUGGACGAAGAAGAGGAUGACGCUGAAGACGACAUAUUGAACCACAUGUCGUCUUCUCAGACAUUGGUUCCAUCUCAGGAUAUGUUGAAGGGCGACCUGGAUAGGGAAGAUAACGAUGACGUGAGCACGACCGAUGAUUCCGAUAUUGACGAAGAAGAAGAUGUCGACCCUGCCACGGCUCGUCGGCAGAAGUUGAAGGACGACAUCAAGCAAGUCGACCUGAUCAUGGAUAUCCUUUUCCAAUACUACGCCAAAUUGACCACGUCUACGAUUCUUCAAGAUCGGGAUACUGCUGUGGAACAACUCAUCUCGCAAUUCCACACCCAUAUCCUGCCGACCUAUCGCGCUCGUCAUCCACAAUUCCUUGUUUUUCAUUUUGCUCAAUCAGAUCCUAUUAUCGUCGAUCGCUUCGUCACUUCUUGUGUGGCCGUCCUCGUCGACAAAAGGCAACCACAUCUACUUCGCCACAGCGCCGCAGCGUAUUUCUCCGGCUUCGUUGGCCGUGGCGCCCACGUCUCUCCACAGGUCGUCCAAGACUGUCUGAAUUUACUCUGCGACCACCUGACCAUCCUCCGCAGGUCGUACGAACCUGGAUGCCGUGGACCUGACUUGAAACGGUACGGUGACUUUUACGCAGCCUUUCAAGCGAUUCUUUACAUAUUCUGCUUCCGUUGGAGGGACAUCGCGUCUGCCAGUUCCGAUGAUGACUCGGAUUUCGAUGUCGACGAAGAAGAGGUGGAGACCUACCAUUUCCCUGAGUCUCUACGAGAGGCGCUUCGGGCGGCAAUCUAUUCACCGCUCAACCCGCUGCGUGUCUGCACACCCGUUAUCGUCGAGCAAUUUGCAAAGCUCACCCAUGCCUUGCAGCUCUUUUACGUCUAUCCCAAGCUUGAAGAAAAUAGACGCGUGCGUGUGACCGGCCAUUGGCGCAACGUGACAGACUUAGACAUGAGCAAUCCCGAUCGUGAUCUGAGUUGGGUGGGAGAUAAUGGCAUGCUAGAGGGUUAUUUCCCUUACGAUCCCUACCACCUUCCUAUCAGCAAGCAUUGGAUCGAGGGUGACUACGUGGAAUGGAAGGGGAUCCCUGGGGAAGAACCAGACGAUACGGAUUCGGAAGAAGAUACCGUUAUGGAUUUUGGCGACCUCGACCGGGACGACCAUGAGGCGAGUGUUGAGCUUAUUGGCGACGAAUCUGACGAGGAAUGA